AUGGUUAAUACGGUAUUCACGUCUAAAUUUCAGGAGGGUUUACACGAAAGCUUAUUAGAAAUAUGUUAUGGUUCCUUGACAUGCACUAGUUUAGUGUGUCUUGAUUGGCGUGAAGUGUGCGAUGGUAAAUGGGAUUGCCAAGAUGGAGUUGAUGAAUAUGGAUGCUCCCAGAUUGAAGCGAAUACCUGUGACCAAAAUGAGUAUCAGUGCCACAAUGGUCAAUGUAUUCCUUUAGAGUUUUAUGCUGACGAUGUCGUCAAUCCUGAUUGUUUAGAUGGAACAGAUGAAGAACCAAUGUUUUCGCAUCUUCAUAGACAUGGAAGUUGUUCCGCGGAUCCAGCUUUUCGAUGCGAGGAAUAUGGAUUGUCAAAUACUCAGAAAUUCCCUUGUGGUGAUGGAUCGUAUAUCAUGUAUCCACUCAUGGAUAUUGAUUCGAAACAAUGUGAAAACUAUCGGGAUCGUCAAGUUGAAAAACAUUUUCUAUCACAUGCUCAAAAUCCAUUGUUAACCGAGAAGUGUUGCAAUCCGAUUCAAGAACACUUAUGUAAAUUGGAAGAUUGGAUGAAGCCACCUGUAGUUCCAUUUGCUUUAGAGUUUAGUGAAACAGUCUCUCGUGGUACAGCGGAAUAUAUUACUAUGUUAGCACCAACUCUAGAUUGGACGAUUGUUUGGUUUUGUAAUAGAGGCAUUGCUAUUCUGGAACGUAAUGUCCGAAGAUGUCUUUGCCCUCCCAGUUAUUAUGGCGAACGAUGUCAGUAUCAAAGUCAACGUGUUAGUCUGUCAUUUCGGAUCACCACAUUAGAACUGCGCAAUAUCUUCAAUUUGGUAAUUAUGUUAGUAGACAAUACUUCACUUAUUCAUUCGCAUGAACAGCGUACAUAUGUUGCUGCACGUGAUUGUGAUCUUCGAUUUGAUCUCGUGCUUCUCUAUGCUAAUCGAACGAAAGAUGAAUCAAAAACAUAUGACAUAAUUAUUCAUGCAUUUGAAAUGUUAAACUAUCGUACUAGUUGGCAAUUACCUGUUCGUUUUCUGUCUCUACCUGUAUAUCGUAUUUCGACUCUUCUAACAAUUCCAUCUGAGCCUUCCUUAGCCGUUGUGCGUUGUCCUAUAGAUUGUAUCAAUGGUGAAUGCGUGCGCUAUAUCAACACAGAGAAUUUUUUUUGUCGAUGCUGGCAGAAUUGGUCGGGAAUAUCAUGUGAAAAAGUCGAGAAAUGCAAUUGCGCACCUGGUUCUGUCUGUGUAGGUACAUACGAUAAACGUUCGAUCUGUGUUUGUUCUCUCGACAACUUCGGACCCCGAUGUCUACUGAAACAUCGAGUUGCAUGUCAACAGCAAACUUUAUGUAGUCCGAAUGGAACGGCUCUUUGCGUACCAGUAGAUGUGAAAAUGACUAGUAACGAAGGACUAACUCUCCAAAAUGGUCUUAUUUUUAUUGGCGCAAAUAAUUUCCAUCAUUUGGAUACACGUAGUACAAUCGAUUGGUCCAAUUAG